UGACAAACCUUUCUCCUUUUGUUGAAGUAACAACUAGUAUCACACCGAGCGUUUACUGCCCGACACGUUAUAAUUGCAAAGGGAUUUUUUUUUUGUUCAUUAAAAAAACCAUGCAAAUAUUGACAUUUCUGUAUUUUGCGUAUGGAAGUAAUUUAUUAGCGGAGAGAAUUCAUAUAAAUAAUCCAACUGCGGUGAGAAAGGGCGUAGGUUUAUUGGAGAAUUAUAGAUUGGAUUUCUCGGGGUAUGCUAGACGCUGGAGGGGGGCCCCUGCCACGAUUGUACCUGAUAAUCAGGCCCACGUGUGGGGGGCUAUUUGGGAAAUUGAUAAGAGCAAUUUACCGGAUCUGGAUCGUCAGGAGGGAGUUGAUGUCAAUCAUUAUUUUUCACUCGAUGUCGAUGUCAAGAGUCCUGAUGGCAAGAUUUUUAAGUGCAGGGUUUAUCAACAGUGUAAUAAUCCCAAGGAAUCACUAGAUGUUUCCAAUUUACCGAGUGAUAGGCAACCGUCAUAUUCUUAUCUAUCGACGAUAAUUGCAGGGGCUCAGGAGAGUGGCAUUCCCAGUGAUUAUAUAAAUUUUUUGAAGUCCAUAAAACAUAAUGGAUUCAUCGGAGAGCUAACGUUUGGAAAUAUAUCCCUAACAAAUGAAUUGUCGACUACAACCCUCUCGCCAAAUUGACUGGAACAUCGACGAGGAAUUCUCGAUACUGCGGAAUCCAGGAGCUUCUCGAAGGCCUUUCAGUGACCAGGAAGUCCAGUUUUUUUAAACAAUUGAAUUUGUUAUUAUGGUCAAGACGUUUGGGACAUGAACAGAAAGACCUGCGAUUGAUCUAAAAUAAUCGAUUGAUAAGAAAAAAUUCCCCAAAAGUCCUAGAUCAGGUCUUCAGGGCUAUAAUAAAAUAUUUUCCUUCACUUUUUUAUUUUUUCCUCUUUCUGGAAAUUUUAUUAACAACCACAAGAUAAGUACAUGCGAAAUCAACCGUUAGUUAAUGGAAAAAUGAGAUUUUUAUAAAAAGUCACUUUCUCCAGGCAAAAUUUAUAUUAAAAUUAAAUCAUAAUAG